AUGCCUUUUAAGCAAGUAACUCAAUCUAAUAGAAUCGUCAAGCGCGGCCGAAGCCGUUUAAAAAAUCUUUUGUUUGCUUUAGCUAUUGCUGCUGCUACAGCUAAAGCGGUAGCGGCGAUUAUACUUCGCACUUUUACUUUCGAGCUUCGCACUUUUACUUUCGAAGCUUCGCUUUUUUCUUUAAACCCUUUUAUUAAGCGCUUGCUUAUGCUAACGACCGUUAAAGCUUUAAAGUGUAUUAACAACUGCACCGUUGCUUUUACCGCUGCUAACACCGCUUUCGAUAACUUCAUCGCUUUAAAUGCUGCUUUUUUAAGAAGUGUUGCUAAUAGUCCGGGCGGUUUAACGAGUAAAAAUAAAGGUUUUAAAAGUAGUCCCGGUAGCCUUGCAAGUUUUGCUCUUGCUUUUAAGACUUUUAAUUUAAAUAUAGCUUUUAUUAGAUUGAAUAGUUCUAUGGCAGCGAAUCGUAAUCCGGUGACGCAAAGCGCUUCGAGCAUAUUAUUCUUUCCAGCUUUUGCGCUUGCGCUAGCCGCUUUUAUUGCUCCCGUCGCUUCCGCUACUUUCGUCGCACUUAUUAUCGUCGCUUUUUUUACGUUAGUUAUUGCGCUUGCCGCUUUUACAGCGGCGCUCGCCGUUGCUAUAACUCUUACGGAGCGCCGAAUUAAAGUAAAAAGAUUGCUAAGAGCUCUGAUCGAUCUUUUAUUAUAA